AUGAAUUGCAGAUCGACAUUACGUAAUAAAAUUUACAAACUUGAUGCAGUUGAGGACCAACGUACAAAUGGUAGUGGUGGAAGAAAGAAGAGCAUAAAUAAUUUUGAUACAGCAAUAACACCGAACAGAGCUCAAUCUCCAUCAGCUACCACGGUGCCUUUUCCGAAUAAUGUUCGUUCUACAAAGAUUAUUAUACCUCCUACGCAAGCGCUUAUAACAAUUGAUGGUGUGUCGGUACCGGAAAUUAUUCAGGAUAUUGGUCCAAAUAAUAAGUCGCAUUUUGUAAAUCAGGAGCCAGUCAACGCAAAAGAUGAGGCAAUGAUGGAAAACAAAAAGUCGCUUUGGUCACCAUUUGCACAUCGACAAAUAUCGGAACCAAAGAAUGUUCAUACGGAAGAAAAGAAAAUUGGUAGAAGCCCAACAAAUAAUACAGAAAGUCAACCUGAUUGGAAAAAGUCACGUCCGAAACGAGGCCAAUACAGGCAUUUUGUUUAUAUUUCAACAAAGUAUAAGAAGGAUGCACUGGAUGAAGCGGUCCGAUCAGUGCGUCGCGGUGAAAUGUCGGUACAUCGUGCCGGUAGCUUCUACGGGGUACCUCACUCAACUUUAGAAUAUAAAGUAAAAGAAAGAAAUUUAACUCGUACAAAAUGUAAGAAGACAACAGCAGAAAAUGUUUUCGAGGCAACAAAUUCCGGUCACCGCAUCAAUUCUAACAAUACCGAGGGUUCAUUACCAAAGAAUUCACCUCAGCAGCCAUCGUUAGCAAAUUCAACAAUGAGUGAUAUAGCUGCGACACCAGCUAUGAGGACAGUUGAUGUAUUGACCUCUGCAACAUCCGCAGUCCCUUUGUAG